AGCAGUCAUGAGCAGCAUACACGACCAACUCUGCAGCACCCUCCUUGAAGGCUGAAGCCGUUGCAGUCGCUGCGCGCACGCCCAAAGCGGUCAGCAAUGCCACGUAGGUCCCCCCCGCCAAAUAAACGUUAGGGACUUAGGGUUUCAAUUUCCAAUAACGAAUACGGCUCCCGGGAAAAACAUGGGAGAGAGCGAGAGAAAUGUUCAAAUUAGAACCCUAAGUGGGGAAUCUUGUACCCUUUCGAUAUCUCCAAGCUCUGCGAUCCAAGACCUAAAACUCCUGCUGAAGCAAAUCUUCAUUCCUGCCCAGCAUUCGCCCAAUUUCCAUCUCUUCUUCAAGGGUUCUAAAAUGAGUUUGGGAAAUCAGAUAAACAGUUACUGUAUAAAAGAUAGUGAUUUCAUAGUUCUAAUUCCUUAUACUAAGAAAGUACAGAAUCAACAAUUAAAGAUUAAUCAGAAUACAGUACCACCGCCUAAAUCUUCAUCGUUUGCGGAUUCAGCGUGGGAUGAUAUAAUGCAAGAUAUCUCAUCUUUAUCUGAGAGACCUCCGGAUAAAGAUUUGUUUGAUGGAGAAAGGGAGAAAUUAGGAGAAGGAAGUCCGGAGAGUAUGAAACGUAAGAGAAAAGGGGAAAGGUCGGGAAAUGUUUGUUUAUCGGAUGAAGUUUUGGAAAGUAUUUUGAGGAGGAAAAGUUUUGAUGAAGAGGAAAUUGAAAGGACUAAGGUUUUGGAAUCGGUGAAUUGUUUGUUAAACGAACAGACUGGAACCUGUAUGUUUUUAGUGAAUGGGUACUCUGAUGACAUAAAAUCUUGCUUAUGUCCGUCGUGGUUGAAGACAACUAUGAAAAUCUUUUCUGUUGUAAAUAUUUUCUCCGGGUUUAUGCAAAUGCAGGGUGGAAAUGUGACGCGGGAUCAUUUAAAAAGAUUGUUGGAGAAACUUUGCGGGUUUGAAUGUGAAGUUGGUAUUGAUUAUUUGGAGCGUAUAUCAGUUCUUUGUCCCAAGGUUCUGCGACUUGGUAAUCUGGAGUGUGAAGGUGCAAAAUUCCGCGAUGCCAUUCUUAUUGUCGAUUCUUCAACAGAAGAGGAUGGGCUAUAUAAUUCGACAAAUAAUUUCAGAGCAGGUGCAGAAGCUAAAAAAGGGACUCCUGCUUCAAAUAUUGUGAACUUGAUAAAGAAACGGGAGUAUUCCUUUAGAACAAAUUUAUUGAAGGCUGUUAAAAAUUCCAUGAGUAAAACAGUAUCUGGAAACAAGAUAGACAAGCUUAUGUCCCUGGAAGAUCUCAUAUCUACGGGUUACAAUGUUGCAGAUUCAAAAGACAGAGAAGCAAAAUGUGCGAGUAAACAUCGUUCUUCAAGUUCUCAAUCUGGGCAAACAAGAUGUUGUGAAACAAACCCAUUGUCACCAGUUGAAAUGGUUGAACAUCUUAAGAAGGGCAUUGGAUCUAAUGGGCAGAUAGUCCACGUAGAAGAAAUUGGUGCAAGAACAGCAGUACACGUUGAGAUCCCAAACAUUCUCUCAGAAAUCACACAGUCUGCUCUUAGAAGAAUUGGAAUCUCUAAAUUGUACAGCCACCAAGCUGAAUCAAUACAAGCUUCACUUGCUGGGAAAAAUGUUGUUGUGGCGACUAUGACAUCUAGUGGGAAAUCUCUCUGCUACAACUUACCAGUACUGGAAGCAUUGUCUCAUAAUUUAUUAUCUUGCGCUUUGUACAUAUUUCCAACAAAGGCUUUGGCUCAAGAUCAGUUAAGAGCUUUGUCCGAAAUGACAGAGGGAUUGCAAAAUGGCUUCAAUUUUGGUGUUUACGACGGUGACACUUCAGAAGGGGACAGGAUGUGGCUCCGUGACAAUGCUAGAUUGUUGAUAACAAAUCCAGAUAUGUUGCACAUGUCAAUCCUGCCAUUCCAUGUUCAGUUCCAGCGGAUUUUGUCAAAUCUUAGGUUUGUCAUCAUUGAUGAAUCUCAUACUUAUAAGGGAGCAUUUGGAUGCAAUACCGCUCUUAUACUGAGGAGACUUCGUAGGCUCUGUGCUCAUGUGUACAGUAGUGAUCCUUCAUUUGUAUUUUGUACAGCAACUUCUGCAAAUCCCCGUGAGCAUGCUAUGGAGCUUGCUAACCUCCAAACGGUGGAACUAAUUCAGAAUGAUGGAAGCCCCUGUGGCCCAAAGCUUUUCAUGUUGUGGAAUCCUCCCUUAUAUAUGAAAACUGUUUCAAAAACUCGGAGCAGGACGAGUACAACUAAGUCUCCGGAAAAAGUGGUGAUCACCAGAAGGUCAAGCCCAAUUUUUGAGGUAUCCUCUCUUUUCGCGGAGAUGGUUCAGCACGGGCUUCGAUGCAUCGCUUUUUGUAAAACGCGUAAACUCAGUGAGCUUGUCCUAUGUUAUACGCAAGAAAUUCUUCAGGAGACGGCACCUGAUCUAGCUGAUUCAAUAUGUGUUUAUCGUGCUGGCUACAAUUCUCAGGAUAGGAGGAGAAUAGAGAAUGAAUUCUUUACGGGGAAGCUUCGCGGGGUUGCCGCCACAAAUGCACUUGAAUUGGGUAUCGAUGUUGGACACAUUGAUGCAACACUGCAUCUUGGCUUUCCUGGUAGUGUCUCCAGUUUGUGGCAACAAGCUGGAAGAUCUGGGAGAAGGGAAAGACCGUCACUUGCAGUAUAUGUCGCAUUUGAAGGGCCUCUUGACCAAUACUUCAUGAAAUCUCCGCAAAAGCUUUUCAGGAGACCAAUCGAGUGUUGUCACGUUGAUUCUCAAAACAAGCAGGUGCUUGAGCAGCAUCUUAUGUGUGCGGCUGUGGAACACCCACUAAAUAUGUUAUAUGAUGACAAAUAUUUUGGUCCUGGUUUACAUAAUGCAAUAUUGGCUCUAACCAAUAAAGGAUGUCUAAGUUAUCAUCCGAUGCGUGAUUCAUCAACCCGUAUAUGGAGCUAUAUUGGCCAUGAGAAGAGACCUUCACAUGCAAUUAGUAUUCGGGCAAUUGAGACUGAGAAGUACAAAUUAAUAAACAACGAAACAGAUGAAGUCCUUGAAGAAAUCGAGGAAAGUAAGGCUUUCUUUCAGCUUUAUGAAGGUGCAGUAUGUCUGCAUCAAGGUAAAACUUAUUUAGUGAAGGUCCUAGAUUUAUCGUCAAAACUUGCCUUUUGUCAACGAGCUGAUUUAAAGUACUACACAAAGACACGUGAUUGCACAGACAUUCAUGUGGUUGGUGGGGAUGUGGCCUAUCCUGUAAAGGUUCCUGAGACCCAUUCAAGAACCACUUCUCAAGCUCAUACUUGCAAAGUAACCACCAGUUGGUUUGGCUUCUUUCGCGUUCAGCGACGAAGCGGCGAAAUCAUUGACUCGGUUGAUCUUACACUUCCUCAAUAUUCAUAUGAAUCACAGGCAGUUUGGAUUCGGGUUCCACAAUCAAUCAAGAAAGAAGUGGAAACUCAGAGUUACUCAUUUCGUGCUGGCUUACAUGCUGCUUCACAUGCUGUUCUGAAUGUGGUUCCUCUGUUCAUACAGUGCAACUCCUCUGACAUGGGUACAGAGUGUGCAAAUCCUCACGAUACUCGCUAUUUUCCAGAAAGAAUUCUGUUAUAUGAUCAGCACCCGGGUGGCAUUGGACUUUCUGCACAGGUACAACCACUUUUUAGAGAACUCUUAGGUGCUGCCUUGGAACUAGUCACAGGAGGCUGCUGUUCUAUGAAUGUUGGCUGCCCGAACUGUGUUCAGACUCUAUCUUGCCACGAGUACAAUGAAGUUCUUGAUAAGAGUGCUGCCAUUAUGAUUCUUAAGGGUGUUAUUGAAACUGAGGAUUUGUACUUCAACAAACGGCCCGCCUCAGAAUUCCAGGGAACUCAAUUAUAGCAGAAGGAUCCAAAAACAUCAUUCACAUUUGCGGAAUAGCUGAAGUGUACUAUGAAGAUUCUACUAAUUGGUUUGAGUCUUAUGAAGGCCGAAUAUCAGAAGUUAUAGUAUCUUCUGCCUCACAUAAUUUUUUUUUGAACAAAGAGACAUAAUAUUAAACAGAAAGGUUGUUUACAUCAUAAUCUAUAUGAGAAAUUAAUACAUCCGGUGGAUUGGACCACCAAUCCCCACACAGAUUAUGUUUACGAGCAGUCUUAGCUAAAGCAUCAGCUACCUUAUUAC